CUCAGAAGUCAAAGUUAUAUCUUCACCAGCCUUUUAUUUACUGUGCUGUUCCUGUUAGCAUGGGGGUGUUAAAUCUUAGCCCACUCUGCUGUCUGUGCUGUCAGAGGGCAUGUGUGUGACUGAGAGCUGAGGCAGGGCAAAGGAGUCGAAAAUCGAGGUACAUGUACUAAACUGACUCUUCCACUGUUUUUCCAUUGUGCAGCAGCUGUUUUGAAUUCUUUGGCGCGGGGGCUUGUCUGACCUUAUAUGGAGGCUUUAAAGCACCAUUCUGAGUGUGAGAUUAGAGCGAUGGUAGCAUGAGAGGCCUUUUAUAGUUUUAAAAAUCCAAUAACAGUAUAGUGUGUCUGCAGUGGGUCGAAGUCAGAGAUGAAUCGUUUAAAGCAAUAUUUUAUGGCAGCCUUUGUGUGGGUGAGCUUGCAGCUGAAAUCAGUUAUUUUAAGACUUUGGAGAGAUUUGUCGGAGGUCAUUAGAUCGAUAUCAUCACCGAGUAUCACAAGUAUGCAAACUUGCCAAGAAGAUUUAGAGGAGUGGAAAACCAAUGACACCCUGCGCACAUAUCACCAUGGAGAUGGAGGUAAAACCAUGGUUACAGUCCAAACAAGUACACAUGCCUUCCAUGUGGACCUCGAAAGUCUUUCAGAGUGCAGCGAUUACUUCCGAGCAUUGUCCCUGUCCAAAAUGAGAGAGACCUCCGAGAGCUUCAUCCAUCUGGACCACGUGUCUUCCUCCGUCUUCUACAAUCUCCUUGAGUUCUGCUUCCAUAGUAAGUUUAAAGUCCCGAAGGAAGAGUUGGACGCACAUAUACAGCUAUCUCCUGACUGAGGCCUUCCUCUCACGGUGCCUGUCAGCUCUGGAAGAUGAGCUCAGGCCGGAAAACUGUUUGUCUUACCUGAAUCUGGCUCAGGAGAUGUGCUGCGAUGAGCUGAGGAUGACAGUGCUCACCUACCUGAGUAGAAACAUGAUGGAGCUCUCCCUCCUGACCAGGGGUCUGAACGAUGAGGAGAUGGAUGAAGUUCUCAACCUGAGGACACAAGGACACAGACAUCUCUGCAGCCUCAGGAAGGAGAACCUAACUUCUUGGAAAGACCCAGAAACCGAAUGCGCUCGCCAUGUCUUCAUCCUGAAAGAGUCGGAGGACAGUGAAGCCUGGCAACCGAUCACAGAGCUUCCUUUCAGGGCUGAUAAGUGGUGCUUCACUACGGUGGUUCUGUGUAACUACUUGUACGUCAUAGGAGGCUACCGGCAGCGUGCUAAGAGAGGCUGGGAGUUCAAGAUGGCUUCCUGUAGGUACAAUCCCUUCACUCAGACGUGGGUCUCCACAGCUCCUUUGAUUAAGCGCAGAAGACACUUCAGUGCAGUGGCCUGUGAAGGCUGUAUUUACGCUGUAGGAGGCUGGUACUUGGACUCUCUGGUGACUCCGGACUCCAGCACGGCUCUCUACACUGCUGUAGAGUGCUAUGAUCCAUGGGAGGACACCUGGAGGUUGGUCUCCUCACUACCCCUCACUGACUUGCACUUCAGUGUGUCCCUGUCACAUGACGUCCCCCUUGCUACUAGCCUUGGACACUGUGUCUAUGUGUUGGGGAGCAUCCAGAGAACUGGGGAGAAGCUGCUGCUACAGUACAACACCAGGCACGACUCCUGGUGUGAGCUGCUUCCCACUCUCACCAGAGCAGAUGCAGAUAUCCCGACUCUUUACUUCCUGGGUGUCACCGACACGCUGCUUGUGAUUGGUGGAAACAACUCAGAGAAUGUGGUGACAUCGUUUUGUUUGCAAUCGCAGAGAUGGGGAGAGGUGCAAAGGGCGGAUAAAGUGUCGUUUGUGGGACAGGGGACAAUCGCAGGUGACGGUGUCCUCAUACCAAGUAUUGAACACAACACUGUUAUAAAACUAGAUCUCCAAACUCUCUCCCUCAGAGCUUUUCCUCCUCUUCCAGUUUCAACCCGAUAUGAAUCUAUCUUUUAUCUUCACUUCUAA